AUGAAAGAUAUGAUGAACACUAGCAUACUGUCUAAAAGGUGGUGCAACCUCUGGCAUCUACGGACAGAUCUCAAAUUCGAUGCUCACAAUGUGCUUGGAAAUGGUCGUUUUCUGAGCAUUGGUGAUGAAAGGAAUGAAUUCGUAAAACGAGUAAAUCAAUUUCUCAAGAAUUAUAAAGGAACAAAGAUUGAUUCAUUCAUGGUAGAUUUCGAAUUAAAUUACGAACCGAGCAGCACCAUCGAUGAAUGGAUCAGAUUUGCAAUUGCAAGAGGAGUUGGAAGAAUCGAAUUGCUUACACCAUCUUAUAAUUACAAGUUUCCCUUUGGCUUAUCUUUUGAGUGUAAAAAUUCAACACUCAAGGAUAUGCAUCUCAAAGGGUGCAUAAUUUGUCAUCCUGCAACAAGGAUUGGCAGAUUUUGGCGUUCAGAUGUGGAUGUAAACUUGCUCACAGUCCUGCUAUCUAAUUGUCUCCUACUUGAAGAGCUUAGCUUAAUUAAUAGCAGCAUAAAUUCAUCAUCCUUAAAAAUAGAAAGCUCAUCAUUAUGCCUUCUCAAGAUUGAAGAGUUGGAUGAUAAUUACGACAGGCAUUUAGAAUUCAUUUCCUUGGAUUGCCCAAAACUCACAAUCUUUUAUUAUGACAACAGUUUUUCAGGGAGCUUAUCAAUGAAUGCUCCUAUAUUGAAGACCAUUGACUAUUGUGUUUACCCUCAUCCUGAGAAAAUACAUGAUGCAUUUGCCCUCUUUACCACGCUUCCUAAGCUUGAGAUUCUGAAUUUAUACAUCUAUAACACUUUUGAGGUAAAACCACUACAAGGUAUUCAAGCACUGAAAAAUCUCAGACAAUUCAACUUGAGCAUUCAUGCGACAUAUGAGGACUUUGAUAUUUGGUGGAUUUUACCUAUUCUUCAAGCUUCUCCCUUUCUGCAGAAACUUUCAAUCAUGCUAAGACGUCCAUUGUUUCAUGCAAAUCAAAGAGAUAUUAAUCAAGAUCUCAUAAUGUUCUCUCAUGGUGAGAUCAAAGAUGUUGAGCUAGGAGGCUGUGUGGGAAAUAAGUAUGAAAUUAAGUUUGCCAUGAAUGCUUUGAAAUAUUUCCACAAACUUGAGCAAAUAGUUUUGAGUCCUUACUGCACAAUUAAAUCCUUCGGCGGAGAAGAAGACUAUGUGGAAUACAAUCCAAUAUGGUAUAAGAAGAAUCGUCGUAAAAGAAUCCUUAAAGAGCUUCAAGGUAAAGGGAUUGAAUUAGACAAACUUAUACUCAUGUAA